AUGAUUUUGUUGGUGCUUAUUGCCCUGUUACUUUACACAGCCUUUUAUCAUUUUUAUUGGAAACGACGGAAUUUACCGCCAGGACCCACACCACUGCCAGUUGCUGGAAAUCUUCUCAGUCUGUAUUUCUAUGAACCAGGCUACGAAGCUUUCCGUAUUUGGGAACAGAAAUACGGGCCAUGUUUUACAUUUUGGAUGGUCAAUAAGCCAGCGAUAGUUGUCACAGACUUUGAACUUCUCAAAGAAACUGUAGUAAAAGAUGGCGCUUCUUAUACUGGAAGAUUAGAGAAUCCUUUUUCGCGUGUGGUAAGAGGUGGUGACUACGGUAUCAUAGAGAUGACAGGUGCAUUAUGGCAACAGCAGCGAAGAUUUGUCCUACAUGUGCUGAGGGACUUUGGUAUG